AUGGAAAACGACAAUAACGACCAGGCAGAUCCAAGCGAUUGUAUCGCUUCGAAUUCUGCUCCGAACGCAGACGCCGGAGGAAAAGUCGAUCCGCCAUCGGCGCCGAUUGCAGUCCCAAAUCCUAUUGCGAACCGAAAGAGACCGGCUAAAAAGGAGGAGGAAGAGGAGGAAGAAGAAGAGGAUGAAUUCGAAGAGACCACCGAUCCACUGGGACCAUCAACCUCCGAGGGACCACGAAAAAAGAAGAGAGUCAAAAUCGAAUACCAUAAAUUUUUGCUGGCGCGGCACGAGGUGAAAGUGAUGCAGGACGACGUGAGAUCGAUGCGCGAGCUGGUCCAGGGCAUUCUCGGUCCCGAGACGGCCGAGGUGGUCUUUAAGUACAAGGAUCUGUACGAGCGGGAACGCCGCAAAGCGACCCGUCUCUACAUGAAGUUUCUCCGCGCAAAGGCCGAGAUGAACGAGACGUCGGCGGGGAAUUCGGAAGAAAUUUCGAAGUUGAAAGACCGGCUCGCCGACCUCGAAUGCACCAUGAAACGAUCGAAGGAGGCGUCGGAGUUUGACGCGAUCAAAAAGGUGCUUAUGGUCAAGGAGCGGAAACUGACGGAUGUGACCAGGGAACUGCAGAAUCUCGAGUACAUAUACAACAUCCGCAUGGAAGAGCACAUGGAGCUGGUGAGCCAGAAAUGCAAGUGUCCGUGCCCGGCGAAUUCGCAGCGGUUGGAGGUGCGCGUCGAGGAGUUGCACGAGGAGAUUCUCAUGAGCAAGGUGUACAAGAAGAUCGCCGAGGACGGAGACCUCAAACGCCAAAUCGACAUGAUCGCCGACACUAUUAUGGUUCGUUUCUUCGCCACGUCCCUUUUUGUGAAAUUUUUGAAAUCCCAAGUGUUGCAGGUUCACGAGCGUCGCCGCAUGGAAGAAGGCCGUUUCUACAACCGGAAAAUAGAGCAAAUGCACCAUUAUUACGAUGAGCGCUCAAAAGAUCACAAAAGCGACAUUGCCGGUUUGGAGCGCGAGAGGGACGCGGCGUUGCGCAGAGCUGCCGAGAUCGAGGGGUCCGGCAAAACGGACCUGAUUCAACUCGACCAACUCAUGAGGGACCAAAUGUACCACAAAAAGAGGUUGUAUCGCGAGAAUCAGCAGCUGAAGGCCGAAUUAAACGAGGAGAAACGGAAGAAUGCGCUGCUGAGCGCCGAGCCGAACGAACUGUACGAGGAGCUGGAGAGGGAGAAGAAGUCGGGCGAAGGGUUCCGAAAAAGAAUGUACGCACUGGGCAAGGUGGUCCAGGGAAGAACCGAAGCGACGGCGCCGAUGCCCUGGAAGACGUGCCAGGUGUGCGGAUUCGAGUUCUCGCUUCAGCCAAUGAAAGUGCCACGCGUUAUUGGUGAGUUUGACUGAAACUGCAUGUCCAGCAUGUUGCUCGAAAAUUUCGAAGAAAACACACGUUUUGACAACUAUUGAGUUGAAAAUCUGCAAAAAGCAUGUGCAAAUGAGUAUUUUCCUGCAGGCUGCGGUCACACAAUCUGCACGCAGUGCGCCACGACGCUCGCCGACAACACGAAAGAGAUUCGCUGUCCGUACUGCCGAAAAGUUCACGAAAUGGAGUGCGAGGACAUCUCGUGCCUUCCCAAAAACUUUUCCGUACUCGACAUGUAA